AUGGAAGAAGCAGACGAGCCGAACCAUGAAACCCUAGAUCCAGCAUUGCAGAAGAAGCACCAUGACAUGCUCGAACGUCUCUCUGCUCGUCACCAAGCUCGAAAAUCCGACUCUUCCUCUUCCUCUUCGUCUUCUUCAACCCUCGAAUCAACCUCCUCGUUCCUCACCAAAUUCGCAGAUUCAAAACGAUCCAUCGAGUCACGAAUCGCUGAGUCACGACUCGUUUCUUCUUCAUCAACGGAUUCGUCGAAGCUUAAAUCGGAACUCGCUGAGAUCUCAUUUUCGAUUGACAAUCUCGAGAAGCUUCUCGCUGAGAAUUCCUAUUUCCUUCCUUCUUACGAGGUUAGAUCUUCUCUUAAAUCUGUCUCCGAUCUCAAACAGAGUCUCGAUAAUCUCUCCGGUGAGUUAGUUCCGAAGAAGAAAUUCUCAUUCAAAACCAAAUCGUCUUCGAAAAAACCGGAAUCGAUCCAAAAACCCGAUCUCGUUUCACCUCCGAAGAUCCCUGUUCGUGAUUCUCCAGGAUUCAGAAACAAACAAGGAGAGACUCUGACGAAAAAUUUCAAAGAUUCGUCGUCGAUCGGAGAAUUCACAUUGUCGGAUCUGGAUUCAUGCCAAGUAAGAUUGAAAGGAACUGUAAACGCUUUGUUUAUUCACAGAUUGAAGAACUGUUAUGUAUACACAGGUCCAGUGAUUGGUUCGAUUUUGAUUGAUGAUGUUGAAGAUUGUGUUCUUGUGUUAGCUUCGCAUCAGAUCAGAAUUCAUUGUGCUAAGAAGACUGAUUUCUACUUGAGAGUUAGGAGUCGUCCUAUAAUCGAAGACAGUAAUGGAGUUCGAUUCGCUCCUUACUGUUUGAAGUAUGAUGGGAUUGAGGAAGAUUUGAAGAUUGCAGAUUUGGAAGAAGAGACUAAGAACUGGGCCAAUGUUGAUGAUUUCUUGUGGCUGAGAGCUGUGCAAUCGCCUAAUUGGUCCGUUUUACCGGAAGAAGAAAGGGUUUCUUCGGUUUCAAUUUCCGACGAUGGAGAUUCUUGA